AUGGACAAAGUACGGCAUUUUUUUUCAUUUUUAAAAUUUUGAAAUUGAAAAAAUAGAAAAAAUAAGCUUUGGAAAGAAAUUUCUUGCCAUUUAUUGGUUUGUAAAGAAAGUUCUUGCCAUUUUGAGCCAUAAACUUCAAAAUCGAGGUUUUGCGAGCUGCGGGUGACAUGUUAUACGAUGGAUUUUAUUUUUAUUUUUUUGUAAACAAAGUUUUUGACAUUUUUUGCUUUGUAAAGAAAGUUCUGGACACAUCUUAGCCAAAAACUUCAAAUUUAAGGUUCUGCAGGCUGUGGGUGACAUGUUAUACGAUGGAUAUUAUUUUGAUGUUUUGUAAAGAAAGUUUUUACCGUUUAAAUUGGUUUCUUGAUUGUAAAAUACGUGUCUUCUAUUUGUAAUUUCAAAAUUAAAGGAAUUCAUUUUAACGACAUUUUAUACGAUCAAACAUGUUCAAAAUAUAAAUGCUAGUUGCGCCCUGGGUUUGACAUAAAAAAAUUUAAAAUUUUUUAUGGGUUGUAAAAUACGGUUGUGCUAUUGUUUCUAUAAAAUUUAAAAAAAUAAGGUAGUGACAUGUUAUACGAUGAAACAUGUCUCAAUGUAUAUUUUGAGCUGCGCCCUGUGUUUGUUUAAAAAAUGGUCAAAAUGCCAUUUUAUAUUGAUAUAAGACUCAAUUUAAAAAAAAAUUUUUAAAUUUAAUGUUUUCAAAUUUCAGGAGCUUUGCGGUGAGGUAGUUGGACUCGUCGAUAAGCACGCUGAGGUGGCGUACAAACGAUUGGAACGCCGCGCACUGGCCGUCCGCCAACAGAUCGCUGAAAAGAUGGACUUCUUCAACCGGCUACACCGUUUCCACGCCGCCGUGGAAACACUGCCCAAGUCGAAGGAUCCGAUUUUGAAGUUCGAAGCCGGUCAGGUGAGUGGAAACAAAGUUAUUGCGGUUUUUGAAAAUUUUAGAAAUUUUUAUUGUCUACCCCUACCCUUACCCCUACCCUUACUCCUACCCCUACCCUAUCCUACCGUAUUCUGCAGUAUCCUUAUCCUACAUAGCGUUUUUUCUACAGUAAUCUUCACUUACAGUUCUCUGACUUACAGUACCGUUGGCUUAAAAUUACUGUAUCUUACUGUACAGCACUUCUUUCUUACUUUACAGUACCCUUAUUUGGCUUUACGGUACCCAACCUUACUAAAGACAAUUUUUUUAGAUUGAUGAAAUCUUGGCCGCAGCGAGGGCGCAGCUCGAAACAAUUGAAACCCGAUUGUCGUCGGAUCGGGAGUCGAUUGAGAAUGAGCUCCGCGCUCUCUUCGAACAAAAUCAACCUGAACAAACACCCAAAGACAACUUUUUCAUAAUGGAACAGGAUCGAGUACGAGAAAAGUAAGAGUUUUGAUACUGUAAAUUUUUUGGUAUACCGUAACGUUUUUUUCAAAAUUUUUAGGAUUCUGUAACUUUUUUGGUAUACUGUAACUUUCUUGGUAUACUGUAACUUUUUUUAGAAUUUGCGUAAUCUUUUUGGUUUACUGUAGCUUUUGGUAUACUGGGAAUUUUUUUGGUGUACUGUAACUUUUUUUGGUAUAUUGUAACUUUUUUUCAAAGUUUUUUAGGAUUCUGUAACUUUUUUGUAUACUGUAAAUUUUUUGGUAUACUGUAAUUUUUUUUAGGAUUUAAUAAUUUUUUUUGGCUUACUGUAGCUUUUGGUGCUUUUGGUAUACUGUAAUUUUCUUUUUCAAACAAUAACAUUUUCUUUCAGAUUUCGGCUGAUCUGUGCCAAAUUGGAGGAGAGUAGAAACAUCAUUCAAACCCGACAGGACUACCUUCAAAACUGUGUUGAAUUGAUGCAAAUUCUCGCAGAACCUCCAGCUGGACCCUCAGGGUCGUCUCAAUAUCCAACUUUGGUAAGGUUUCAAAACUUUAUUUAAAAUUAUUCAAAUUAUUAAAAAAUUUUUAAAAUUAAAAAAAAAAUUGGCAAAAGGACAUUUUAAAUCUAUAUUUACACUUUAAACAUCCCUUUCUACAGUAUUCUGCCUAGACAUGAGCAACGGGCCGGGCCUGAGCAAAAUCAAAAACAGGCCGGGCCUAAAAGUUAGGCCCGGCCCGCGGGCCGGGCUUGAAACUUGGGCCCGGCCCGUUGCUCAUUUCUAAUUCUGCCCUUACAAGUUCGAGUCCGUUUGGAGAAAGAAGGCUGUAUUUUGGUUUUUGAUCAAUAAAAAUUGUUGUUUUUUGUAAAAUACGAAAGAUUUUGUAUUAGGUUUUAUGACUUUUUUUUAAAUUUUUUGGUUGUUCAAAACGGUACUGUUUAAAAAUGGCAUUUGUUUUUAACUUUUUGAAGUUUUUGGGUGUUUUGAGGAAAAAAAUGCAUUUUAUGUCAUUUUUUGUUAGAGUAAACUUGAAAAAGUGGUUUGUAUAGAUAGUUCAUUAUCUCUUGUUUGAUGUUCUUUCAUUUUAUAAAUUUUGGUAAAAGAAGUUUAGCCAAUUUUUAAAUUUUAGUCGAACGAAACCCGCGAAAAACUUGACCAUUUGGCGAAAGAGAUGCCCGCUCAAGAGCAAAUCAGUCGAUUAUUCCUGGACAAUAUUGAAUACGAAAAAUCGAACGCCGGUCAAUUUUACCACGCCCAACGUUCGGAUUCGAUUCUAAAAGAGGUAGGUUUGAAUUCAUGGUUUUUUAGGCUUAUUUUGAGGGAUUUCGCAUUAAAAAUGGCAUUUUUUGAGGUGGAAAGAAAGUUUUUGCUGAAAAAGUUGGUUUUAAAUUUAAACUUUGGGGAAAAAAUAUUUUUGCCUUACCUUUUAGGUUAUGGUGAAUAUAAUUUUUUUUGCAAUUUUUCAAAAUUUCAAAAUUUUUUUUUGUAAAGAAAGUUUCUGCAGCACUGUGAAAUUCGGUCGAAAUAAGCUUAAAAUACGAGCUUUCGCUUAUAACUCGGGAUCAAAUAACCAAUAUUAACAUCUUAAACAUUAAAAGUUUUCAAAAUUUGCAUAAAAUACGCUGUAACGCUAUAAUAUAACACGAUUAUGUUACUCUUGUCCGUCCUCGCUUCAAUCUUUGGUUAUGGCUAAAGUAAGGUGUAAAAUACGGUCUUCAAUUGUUUUCUGUCAUAUAGUAGCCAAAAGAGUCACAAUAUACCAUAUUUUUGGAAUCUUUAGUUUUAAAAACAUUGUCAUGAUGACACAUUUUUGUCCGAAAAUUACGUCAUCUUGACAUAUUUAGAAUAUUUUUUUUAUUGAUAUGAAUUCUUCAGUUUAGCUUGACAUAUUUUUUAAACGAAGUAAAUGAAAAAGCGUCAUCAUGAAACUAUUUUUAGAAAGGAUGACAUAUUUUAUAGAAUUGUCAAAAAUGAUAUAUAUGUUAUGCUGACACUUUUUAGAUGACCAUAGCUAACUUAUUAUUUUUAAAAAAUGUGUCAUGGUGAAUAUUUUUAAAUGGUCAUGCUGACCGUUUUAAAAAUGCCAUGAUGAUGUCUUUAAAUUUGUCAUGAUGACUUUUUUUAAACAUGUCAUGAUGACUUUUUUAAAUAUGUCGUUAUGACAUUUUUAAAUGUGUCAUAAUGACGUUUUUUAAAGGUGUCGUGGUGACUUUUUUAAAUAUGUCAUGAUUACUUUUUAAAUAUGUCAUGAUUAUUUUUUUAAAUGUGUUACGAUGCCCGUUUUAAAAUAUGUCAAGAUGACUAAUAAAUCGUAUUUUACACUGGAAUCCGUUUUUUUUGUUUUUUUUUCGUUUGCACUAAACAGUACUCACAACAACAUGUUACCCAUGCCUUGUUGUACUGUUUGUAGACUUCAUUUCAAAGUCUCGACUCGAAACUUCGUGCCAUCUUCCCUUCAGUUCUCGCACACCAAAGCCAUUACGGACCCGAGCAUGGUCAUCUACUGGUUCCCAUCCUUAGGGUAGGACACUGGGGUACUGUAAUGUAAAUGGUACCGGUUAAAAAAGCAGGGUGAUAGGGUAGGGUAGGGUGCGAUACGGUACGGUAGUCUUGGGUAGGGUACGGGAGGGUAGGGUAGGGUAGGGUAGAGUAGGGUAGGGUAGGGUAGGGUGCGGUAAUGUAGGGUAGGGUGCGGUACGGUAGAGUAGUGUACAACCGAGUGAGGUAAGGCAAGGUAGAACAGGGUACAGUGAGAUAGAGUUUAGUGCGUUAUAGUAAUAGUACUGUAAAUGACUGUAGGUCAGGUUCUAUAGGGGUAGGGUGGAUUAUUUUUAGGGCAGAUCAGAUUUUUUAAGCAGGGUGUGGUCUUUUAAGUGAGGCUCUCUAAGGCGGGUUUUUGAGGAUAGGAUACAGUAAGGUAGGCUAAUUUUGGUGAGGUUACGGUAGGGUAGUGCAGGGUACGGUAUUGCAAGUUAAGUUAAAGUAGGGUAUAGUAUGGUAGAGUGUAUAGACUAGGGUAUGACAAGGUAGGGUAGGAUAGAAUAGAGUAGGGUCGGGUAGAGUACGGUAGGGUAGGUUAGGGUAGGGUAGAGUAGGGUACGGUAAGUUAUGGUAAGUUAGGGUAUGGUACUAUAUAGUACUAUAAUAAAAAUUUUUCACUUUUAUAUUCUUUUAUAUGUAAAGCACCAAAAGUAAUGUUGUUAUGUUAUGGCACAGGUAUUUUAAAGUUUUUCUAUUUUUUAAUUUUAAAUUUAAAAUUUUUUUUUUAAUUUGAAAUUUUUCAAAAAUUUUAAAGAAUCAGCGCAAAACUUUCAGGAACGGCUUCGUGCUGAACAGAAAUCGUUGGAAGAGUUUGAACACCGUUCCCACGAUUCCCCCUCGCUAGCCAGCCGGCUAGCCGCCCUCAAUCAGAUACACGAUGAGAAAGCGGACGAAACGCAACAAUUGAUUGACGAUUUGAUUGCGCAAUCAGUGAAAUCGCUAAAAUCUGAUCUGGACACACUCUCUGGCCAAGUUGAUGCCCAAAUCGCCAACGGAGAUUUAAUUGCCCUAAGGCAUUUGGCCGAAACCGACGGCCGAAGCCUGCACGCUAGACUAAUGGAAAUAGCCGAAGCGCUGGAUGGGCAGGGCCUGGAACAGCUGAGACACAAGUGGCAUCCACAUCAACGUGAUCUGGCUAGAAAUUUGGCUAUUAUUAGGAAUAAACUGGACCGCCACUUGAUGGAGAAACAGGCCAGACGAGAGAAGCGAUACUUAGACAAACUAGAUGCCUUUGGGGCAUGGCUGGAUGUGGUAAGGGGUUUUGGUCAGGGUUGAAUAGGGUAGGGUAGAACAGGGUAGGGUGGGGUAGAAUAGGUGGAGUAGGGCAGGGUAGGGUAGGGUGGGUUCAUACUGUAGGGCGGGAUAGGAUAGGGUUGAGUAGAAUAAGGUAAGGUGGGGGUAAUCAUGACAUAUUUAAAAAAGUCAUCAUGGCACAUAUAAAAAAGUCAUAAUGACAAAUUAAAAAAAAACGUCAUUAUGACAUAUUUAAAAAUAUUGUCAUGACGCAUAUAAAACACGUCAUUAUGACAUUGUAAAAAAUAUCAUCAUGACAAAUCUAACUCAUUUAUGCCAUUUCAGAUUGAACGCGAACUGGAAGAAACCCUGAACAGCGACGAGCUGGACCCACACGAACGUGACACCAAGCUACACGAGAUCCAAGAGAUCUGCAACGAACGUGAGGUGCUGGCCUUCAAGCUGGAGACCUUCCCCUUCGAGGACCUCAGGCAGAAGGACCAAGCCCUCAAGUACACCGAGCGCUACCACGACCUCAUGAGCCGACUGGACGAGCUCCACCUGAGCCAACCUCGCCACAUCCCGGUCUACAUGGAGAGUGGACGGCCAGGGACCUCUCAGUCCGGGAUCAGCGGGAUCAGCAGCCCCAGCAUGGACAUAUCGGCUAGCGAGGAGCUGGACAGCGACCUCCAGUCAGUCCAAAGCGAAGCAGUCAGGGUCGAGUCGGAGCGGUUCGCUAGGUAUCAGCCACCUGAAGAUGAAGCCGACUUGAUUCAGGAGUUGGCUAGGAAGGCUACUACAACUAGUGGACAGGUUGGUUUUUGUUUGGCUGGGGUGGAGUGGAGUUAUGGGCUGAAAAAGGGCGAUUUAGGGGGUGGUGUUCUUGGGGAAAAAUGAGGAUUUUGAAGUUUUUGGAUGUCAUAAUGACAUUUUUUAAUGUGUCAUGGUGACUUUUUUAAACUUAUCGUGGUGAUAUUUUUAAGUAUAUCAUUAUGAUAGUUUUAAAUGGGUCAUUAUGACAUUUUUUAAUUUGUCGGUAUGACAUUAUUUACAUGUGUCAUGAUGACCUUUUUAAAUGUGUCAUAAUGACGGUUAUGAAGUUUUUUAAAUGUUUCAUUUUGACAUUUUUUAAAUGUGUCAUGAUGACUUUUUUAAAUUUGUCUUGAUGAAAUUUUUUAAUGUGUCAUGAUGACUGUAUUUAAAUGGGUCAUUAUGACAUGUUUUAAUAUGUCUUUAUGACGUUUUUUAAAUGUGUAAUCAUGACGAUUUUUAAAUUUGUCAUGAUGACAUUUUUAAAUAUGUCAUGGUGACGUUGUUUAAAUAUGUCAUAAUGACAUUUUUUAAAUGAUUCAUGGUUACCUUUUUUAAAUAUAUUAUUAUGACAUUUUUUAGACUUGUCAUGAUGAUUAUUCUAAAAGUGUCAUGAUGACAUUUUUUAAAUCGCAGAAAAACGCUGAAAAAUCUUAAAAAUAAGGGUUUCUUGAGCAUUUUUAAACGAGUUAUAAAUUUUUUUAUUACCCAAAUAACCCAUUACCAUCAGAUCGACAUCCCGGUCGAUAAGAUCCGCAAAGAAGUUGCGGAUAUACUACAACAACUACAUGAAAUCAUCGAGAAGUAUGUCCAACCACCGCUGGAAAACGUCGAAACGGCCAGAACCGACGCUUCCCAGCUAAAAUACGUGAUUAAAAAGCUGUCGAAACAACGCAAAAACAUACUGUUGAUAUGUGAAAAGCUGAAGACUUCGAGUGAUAAGAAGAGGAAGCAGCUAUCGAAGACGGCUUCUGAAAUUCGAAGGGAAAAACACUCGGCUAAGGUAGUAUUUUCGGGGUUUUCGGGGGUUGGAAAGAAAGUUCUUGCCAUUUUUUUCUUUGGUAAAGAAAGUUCUUGCCAUUUUUUUUUUUGUAAAGAAGUUCUUGCCAUUUUGUGUUUUGUAAACAAAGUUCUUGCUAUUUAUAUUCAAAACAAUCUAUAAAUAUGUGUCGUGCAGCCUGCGAGUGACAAGUUAUACGAUGAAUCAGAUUUUUUAUUUAAAAACUCAAAAAUUGUUGUUUCGCAGCCUGCGGGUAACAAGUUAUACGAUGGAUAGCGUUUUUUGUUUUGUAAAGAAAGUUCUUGCUAUUUUUUGUUUUGUAAAGAAAGUUCUUGCCAUUUCUUGUUUUGUAAAGAAAGUUUUUGUCAUUUUUUGUUUUGUAAAAAAAGUUCUUGCUAUUUUUUGUUUUGUAAAGAAAGUUUUUGUCAUUUUUUGUUUUGUAAAAAAAGUUCUAGCCAUUUAUAUUUGAAAAAAUGAAGAUUUUCGGGUUUGCAGCCUGCGGGUGACAAGUUAUACGAUAAAUCACAUUUUACAAAACUUUAUGUCUUGUAAAGAAAGUUUCUGCUAUUUUGUGUUUUAUAAAGAAAGUUCUUGCCAUUUUUUGUUUGUAAGGAAAGUUCUUGCUAUUUUUUGUUUUGUAAAGAAAGUUCUGGCUAUUUUUUAAAACAUAUCUUUCAGCACUUCUACAAAGACUUAGUAUCAGAGAUCGAGGAGGAGAUCCAGCUUCGCCUCAACUACCAGAACAUAACCCAGAACCUGGAGCAGUUGGAGAGUCGGGUGAGGGCAGCCGCCGCCUCCGGCAACACCUCGGACGCCCUGGACAUGUUGUCGAAGCUGGAGUUGGAGGUGGAGUUGCUGAAGAAGCAGUGCAAGAGGUCGAGGAAGUACGUGGCGUGUGCUGUGGAGGGCGGGGUAGAUGCCUCGCCGUCGAAGAAGAGGCGGAUCUUGGUGAAGAUCACGAACUCGGUCACGACCAUCAUCAAGGUGGUGGAGGAUGAGCUGCGACGUCAGCGGAUACAGUAUCCUGGACAUAUGGGACCGUAUCAGCAGUCGGUACCGUCCACUUCGGCUGAAGGUAGGUUUGGAUACGGUAAUGGUGAUGUAGGGUACUGUAGCUUUGUUGAAGGUUACAGUAAAUUUGUUUUAAGGUUACAGUAACUUCUUCAAAAGCUACAGUAACCUUUUUGAAGGCUACAGUAAACUUCUUGCAGAAUACAGUAACUUUUCUGAUGGCUACAGUAAACUAUCGUACCCUUCCUGAAAAUUCCCGUAGUUGUUUUGAAAACUACAGUAACCUUCCUUAACGCGGUUAUACCAGAUUCCCUAAAUAAUUACAAUAAUUGAAUAUAAAUGUGACUAUAAAAGGAGAUUGAGAAAACAAUUAUAUAAUAUAUAAUAUUACUUACCGUUUUAUUUAAUAUCCCUGCCUGUUUGAAGAUGGGAUGGAAACGGGAAUAACGAAUCUUAGACAUUUUGGAUUAAAGGCCGAUCGGCCUGAUCAGAUAAGGAAUCUUUGUCCCUGGGAAAGAUACCACAAGAAGCUACAGUAUCCUUUUUUAAAACUACAGUAACUUCCUUGAAGGUUACAGUAAAUGUUCUUAAAACUACCGUAAUUUUUUGAAAAAUACGGUAGCCUUCCUGGAGGCUACAGAAACGUUUUUGUAAACACUGUAACCUUACGCUACAGUACUUUUACUCAAGGUUAUAAUUUUUCAGAAGGCUACAGUAACCUUUCCGAAGCCUACAAAUCUCCAGAAGGCGGAAGCGAUUCAGAUUUCGGAGAGCUACACCGUAAGCUGAGUGCUCUACACAGUCAGACAUCUGACGUUGAGGCCAGUCAAACCACCAUCUCCGACCAACCGACUCCAGUUCCAGAAGAUCGUGACGAGAAUCUGGAAGCCGUGUUGGCUUCGGCUGCCAACGUAAAACAGAAUCUGGAUGAGGUUGUUGGAAACGAUGGACAAGACUACGAUGAACUGCUACACAAGUCUAGGGUAAGGUGUUGGGGAGGGUGGGGUAGGGUAGGAGGGGGGGGGUAUGUUAUAGUAUGGUAGGAUAGAGUAGGGUGGAGUACGGUAUGGCAUGAUAUGGUAAGGAAGGGUAGGUUAAAGUAGGUUAGGGUAGGUUAAGGUCGGGUAGAGUAAAACUAAGGCUAGAGGAGCAGGGUGGGACAAAGACAAGUAAAGUAGAGUAGGGUACCUUGGCUUGGGCUGGCAUAGGGUAGGGCAUGAAAUAAAUGGUAGGACAAGAGUAGGUGGGGCAGGGAUCGAGCCAUAUUAGAGUCGAACAGGGUUAAGUGUAGAGCUAAGGUACGGUAGGGUGGGAUAGGAUAGAGUAGGGUAGGGUAGGGUAGGGUAGGGUGGGGUAGAGUAGGGUAGAGUAGAGUAGUGUAAUGUCGGGUAGAGUAGAAUAAGGUGGGGUAGGAUAGAGUUGGGUAGGGAACAGUAGAUUAUUAAUUUUUUUCUUUUAGGAAAUUCGCUCCGGCCUCGAAGAUGCUUUGGAUCGUAUUGAUGCUGAUCAGAACAAAACACCAAUCAUGUUGAUGUACCGUGAGCAAAUACUCGACCGUAUUCAGGGCAUGCUGGUAAGGUUUUGUCAUUUUGUGUUCUGUAAAGAAAGUUCUUGCCAUUUCUGGUUCUGUAAAGAAAGUUUUUGCCACUUCUUGUUCUGUAAAGAAAGUUCUUGCCAUUUCUGGUUCUGUAAAGAAAGUUUUUGCCACUUCUUGUUCUGUAAAGAAAGUUCAUGCCAUUCUGAUUACUACUACUAAAUCCUUCAUUUUCAGGACGCGGAAGACGCGGCCCGUGCCACGAAACGCGCGAGAACGGCGGCGGUAAGCGAGUCGGGCGUGCUGUUGGAGAAGGUGAAGGCCGAGCUGAGUGCGGUUGAGCUGCUUCUCCACCCCCACCAACCCCAACCACCCGCCCACCUCAUGCAAGUCGAACUGAAUCGGGCGGCCGAAUUGUUGACGGACGUGUUGAGUGCCACCGAUACAUUACCACUAACCCCAACACAAGCUAACCAACUGGUCCGCAAAACCGACCAAUUACGGUAUGCUGUUUUGUUAACUUGUUUUCGACGGAGGAUUUUUUGAUUUUGAAUUUGAAAAAAAAACUUUUUUUUUUAAAUUUUGAAAAUUUUUGAAAUUUAAAAAAAAAUUUUGGUUUAAAAAAAUUUUGAAAUUUGAAAAAUUUAGAACCAAAAAACUUCAAAAUUUUACUUUUUUUAAUUUUUUUUGUGAAAAAGUCCGGUUAAAACACCGAAAAUUAAAAGUUAGAAAGCCAAAAACUUUUUGUUCCGCAGCCUGCCAGUGACAGGUUAUACGAAGGAUGGCAUUUUUGUUUGUAAUGGAAGUUUUUGCCAUUUUUCAAUUUGUAAAGAAAGUUCUUGCCAUUUUUUGAUUUGUAAAGAAAGUUCUUGCCAUUUUUUGUUUUGUAAAGAAAGUUCUGGCCAUUUUUUGCUUUGUAAAGAAAGUUCUUGCCAUUUUUUUGAUUUGUAAAGAAAGUUCUUGCCAUUUUAUGCGUAUUUUAACCUUUUUUUUCUAUAUUAACCUUGGCCAACCUUUUCAAAUGUUAACAACUCUACUUUAAUGACUUCAUUCUUUAUAUUAUCUUGCACUGCAGUUGAAAAAAACUGUCAAACUCAAUUGAAUGAUACCAAACGUUAUCAAAAUUAAUCUUUCCCAAUUCCAGAGCCGCGACCGAGUCGCUAGCAACAGCGACGAAGCAGAGGAGCUACGUCGAGGACCUGACGUCGCAAGCGUGGCGCCUUCUGGACCUCCUGAACCACACCGUCGACGCUUCACUGUCGUCGUUUCCGCUGUCAUUACAACCCGCCAUUGACGAGGCGUUGACACUGGACGCGCACGAUGAAACCCAACGACAACUGAGCGAUUGUGGCGACGAGUUGCGGGUGUUGGAUGAGCAACAUCAGUUGUUGCCACAAAUCGCUACAACUUUGGAAAAAUACGAAAAUUUGAAACGGAAACUGGCUUCAGAAGUCGCUACGGAGAAGGAGAGACAGCAGCAACAUGUUGCUGCAACUCAGCAACUUUUAGAAAACCUAGAAAGAGUGGCAACUUUGGAUGAGCUAGAUAAGUUGGAACAGCCAAUUAAAGAAGAGCUGGUGGUACUACAACAACAUCAUGGUUAUGUCAUACCUGAUCUUACCGUGUUGAAUGGUAUGAUCAAUGCUAUUGAUGCCAAGAGAAGGCAACUUUUGGAGGCGAUUGCGGCCAAUGAACAACAAGCCAAGCUGGUCAAUUUGUGGAUGAAGAGAAAGGAGAGAAUCGAGAAGAAGAUCGAAGAGAUUCUGGCUACAACUAUCGUCAUUGCGCCAAGAUACGGCGUAGCUUCUGAGGAAGAGGUCUCUGGAGAUGUUGCUACAGAACUACGGGGCAGUUCGGCCGCAACUGAUGAGGCUACGGAGGUUUUAGAGGGUACUAGAGCUUAUGAAGGGCCAGAAGCUUCUUCUAAGGCUUCUGAAGAGCCAGUGACUGCUUCCAAGGCUUCUGAAGAGCUACAGGGUCCUUCUAAGGCUUCUGAACAGCUACAAGGAACUUCAGCGCCCUCUAAGGCGCCAAAGGCUUCAGAAUCCAAAGGAAAGUCCAAGAAGUCAAAGUCGAGAAAGCGAAAGUCGACCUCAGGUGACAAAUCUGAAUCCUUUGAGAAGCCUCCUGAAUCCACAUCUAAAAAAAAUUCAGAAUUCACCUCCAUAGAACCUUCAGAAUCCACCACCAAACAGCCUUCAGAAUCUGAUCAACCUUCUCAUCCAAAACCCUACACCCAAGCCCAAGACGACAUCCUAAGCCUAGAACAGGCCCUAGCUCGCACACAAAAGGCCAAAGAGAAUCUAAACGAAGCCGAAAGCUGGCUUCAAAAAGCGGCCGAAGACAUGAAUCCAGAAGUCAUGAAGGACGCGCAAAAUCGCCUCAAAAUCGACGAAGAAAAGCUGAAAACAGAAGAAAAACGGAUUCUAGGCAUCAAAGAGAAGCUUCAAAAAGAAGUAGCAGCAAAAUCAGAGCUUAUCAGUAGCCAUAAUAUUGUCAUCGAACAUGUCAAUGACCUAAAUCAAAAAGCCAAAGAAAUCCGAGGUCAAUAUUCGGAUUCAGAAGCCAAAAAAGCGGCCUACAUUGACGUUCUUAAGCGUGUGGACGCUGAAUUAGAAGUCAUAGAUCGCCUACAAAAAGACGCUGAAUUGAAGCCAACUGAUUGGGUACAGAAUCCAGAAGGCAUGAACCUUGAAGACCUUGAAAAUAAGAUCAAAAAAUUUGAGGAUGCCAUUAGAAUCGAGCUACAGAACCUUGAAGACGCAGAAAAGGCCAAAAAAUUCAACGAAGAAAGCGCAAAAUUAGCCGAACAAGUGCAUGAUGUACUACACAGUGUUGAUGACAAUUUGAAAAAUGAUGACAUAAAUUCACUAAAAGAAGCGGAAUCCCAAUUAGUAGCGUUACAACCAACCAUUGUCACCAUGAAGGAGUUGUACGCUCAUUUGAAGCCAAUUGAGGAAGCUUCAGAAUCCGUGAAAUCGGAAGACGUGAAACAAGUAGAAGUGCUUGAAAACACGAUAUCAGAUAAGCGGCAACAAAUUGCUGACAAAAUUGAUCAGAUUAUCACCGUGCGGAUUCAGGCAUUUGAGAAAAUUGAAAGGGAAAUCAAUGAAAUUAUCGAAAUCGAGCUGUUUGACGAUGAAAAAGCUACAGAAUUACAAAAGAAACUUGAUGAGAAAGCAGCCGAAAAUGAAGAAUUUUUAAAGAAUCUAGAAGGUUUUGAUCUACCGUCAGCUGAAAACCUCAAGAACAAGGUUAAGAACGCUGAGGAUGAUAAACAAAAGCUGGUCAAGGCGGCUGAAAAGGCCGAAGAACAAAGAAAAUUGGCUGAAAAAGAACAACAAGCAGCUGAGAAAGAAAAUGAGUUUAAGGAAAAUAUUGAUAAAUUGAAGCCAGAUGUAGAACAACUCCAGAAGAAGCUAGACCAAGCCAAGGCUAGUCCGCUGAGACCAGUAGAAGCUGUUGAUAAUGAGAUUAAAGGUUUGAGAAAGGCACAAUCUGCCAUUCCUAAUUUCCUAUCAACAAUUGAAGACCUAAAGCAACAAGUUGUUGAUCUCCCAUCAACCUCAAAAUUGCCUUCAGAACUCAAUGACCUUCAAACUACCAUAACCUCCCUUAAUCAAGAAUACGAUGCCUUUAUCAGUGAGCUUAUUGUAGCCCAACGUGACGAACUCGGAAUCCAAGAAUUCACGCUACAGCUCAGUAACAAAGCUGACCUACCAGAUAUUGCAUCGGUUGACAAUGCUACAGUAUCCCGAAUCGUUGAUGAACAAAUCCCGACGAUUCGCAAGGAAAUCGAACAACUGAAGAUUCAAAGUGUCACCGUAGCAGCGAAACGAGAUUUUGUACGAAGAGGCGACGGUGUGGCUACAGAGCCCUACGAUACGAUUCUGAUGAAGUUGAAGGACUUCGAAAAGAAGGCGGAGUUGAGAAAACAAGAAGGAGAGAUCAAGGAGAAAGAGGAGAACAUCAGACAAAUGAUUGCGAGAUUCAGAAGGCCGCUACAAGAGCUGGAAGAGAAUAAGUUGAGAAGCGCAAAGCAGGCCGAAGACGAUAUCAAGAAUUUGAUGGAUACACAGCUGAAUCUUACCGAACUUUCUGAUGCUUUAGGUACGAUGAAGUCUGAAGCUGGCUCCUUACCUCAGGCUCAAGAAUCUCAGAAACAAAUUGAAGCCGAAGCCAACAAACUCAUCGAUGAUUACGAGAGAAUCAUUAGCACGUUGAUGGUUGAGCUCGAAAACGAGCUUCAACAACGCCGUGCCGCCGAUGACCUUCAGAAUCGCUACAACCAAGCUAAGAAUCAACCUGAACAACUACAAGUCUUAGCUCCAGAAUUAACAUCAGAAGCUGCUGAUUUAGUCAAAGAAUCAGAAGCUAUAGCGAAAGAAAGGAAUUUAGUACGUCGUGGAUCGGAAGGCGUGUUGCCAGAAGCUCAGAUUCUGAAUCAGCUGAACGAUUUACAAACAUCAACGCUACUGAAGGAUUUUGGACAACAACACGAUUUUCUACAGAAGCUAUUGGGAACGUGCAACGAUGCUGUCCAGGAUACGAUAAUAUCCGGAGUUCAGGCUGCCAAGGCUUCUGAAGACAGCGUAAAGGCCUUGGUCCAUGUUCAGUCCACGCUGCCUGAAGUAUCUGGUGUUUUGGAGGAACUUAGCGUUAUUGCCGACAAGCUACCUGAACUAGAGGCUCCAAAAAGCACGAUACAACUUCGCAAAGAAGACUUUGAAAGUUUAAAGAACCAAUUUGAUGAUGUUAUUGGGGCAGUCAUGGUGGAAUUGGAAGACGAGCUACAGAAUCAAGAAGAAGUACGCAGGAUUCAAGAAGAAUUGGAUGGCACUGUAGCUAAACUCACUCAGUUAAACAAGAAAGAAGCUAAGAAUGUGAAGAACAACGUGCUGGUGCCGAUGAAAAAGAAGGUAAAGGAACUUCGGGAACAAACUCCUAAGCUAGCUUCUACCAGACGUCAUGUUAGACCAGAAAAUGAUGAACAAACGUUGAAUGAACUCCUACAAAAGGUUAAAGAACUUGAAGUAGCAUGUGAUAAUGUCGGCAAAAAGGACAAAACCUUAGAGAAAGCCAAGAGUAUUGACAGGGAAAUUAAUCAAAUGAUCUUAAAACUCAACGAUGCUACGAGUGUAGGCCCUCAACUGGCGGAAAAAUGUGUAGAAACUCUGAACAAACUCAAUGAAUGUCUAGCUAUUGGCGAAGACAUUCAAAAGAAGCUUCGGGAAUUGCACGAUGUAGCCAAAAAGGAAAAAUGUCCAGAAGAAUAUCAAAAACGAAACGUGGACUUUGAAAAUGUGUCACUUGGAAUCACAAACACUAUUGAUGCAUUAACCACAGAGCUACAAGACGACAAUGCGCUUCGGCAAGAAAUCGAAGCCUACGUUGAGCGCCUUAACGAGGAUACUAGUCCAGAAGUUAUAGCUGAAAUCAAGCCAAAAUUAGAAGAGUUGAAGGACAAAGUAGCUGCACAACAAAGAUCAUACGUUGUGCAAGGUAAUGGAAGCCAAAUCGACUCUGUUUUAGAUAGUUUGAAAAAACUGGAAGAACUAAAACAUGCUGUAGAUGAAGAAACAACUUCCCAAUUGGCCAAAGAUCAAGAGAUUCCGGAGAUUCGAAUUACUAAGGAAGAAGUCGAACCUGUUCAAAAACAAGAACAAAUUGACGUUAAAUCCGAUACCCAACAAGCUACUGAACCAGCAGCCGAAACUCAAGCAACUACUGAGGUAGAGAGAUCUAAAGGAACAGACGAAGCCGACUUUGUGCCAGCAGUAGUUUCAAAAGAAGUUAGGGAGUCUUCCGAACCACAUCUGGAGAAACCAGAAGUACCAGCUACAGAAGAAGCUCAAGAAGAACCAUUGCCACCAGUUCAUCCACCUGAGAAAGAACUUCAAGAUGUGAUUAAAGAUGAACCAGAGAUUCCAAGUAUUAAGGUCACAGAAGCUCCAGAAGUCGCUAAAGAACAAGAGCCUGAAGUUUUGGAAAAACAAAAAGUUACCGAUUUUGAAGAGCAACAAGUUUCAGAAGCUCCAGAAGCCGUAGAAGAAGAUAAAUUAGAGAAACCCGAAGUACCAGUUACAGAAAAAGCUCAAGAAGAACCUUUACCACCAACACAUCCACCAAAAGAAGAACUUCAAGAUGUAAUAAAGGAUGAGCCCGAGGUUCCAAGCAUUAAGGUCACAGAAGCUCCAGAAGUCGCUGAAGAACAGGAAGUUACACAGGCCUCUGAAAUCGUCACAGAACCAGAAGUUAGUCCAGAAAAAGAACAAGCUAAACAAGAGCCACAAGCUGACUCAGAAGAACAACAAAUAAAGACUGAACAAGAAGACGAUAAAUUAGACAAACCAAAAGUACAAGCUACAGAAGAAGCUCAGGAAGAGCCAUUACCACCAACACAUCCACCAAAAGAAGAGCUUCAAGAUGUCAUAAAGGAUGAACCAGAGGUUCCAAGCAUUAAGGUCACAGAAGCUCCAGAAGUCGCUGAAGAACAAGAGCCAGCAGUUUUGGAAAAACAAAAAGCUUCUGACUUUGAAGGACAACAAGUUACCGCAGAGGCUAAAGAGCCAAGUGUUGAAGCUCUUAAAGAACCUGAAACUUCAGCACAAGCAGCCGUUAAAGCUCAAGAAAACGCCGCACAAAAGCCAUCAAUAGACAAGAAGAAACUGAAGAACCAAAUCAAGAAGAAAAUUAAUGAAAUUUCGGAUGCUCUUCGUGUUAUUGAAAACCGAAAGAAGAUCAACCCAACUGUUGAAGACAAUCGUGAUAUAUACAUUAACGCCAAAAAUUUGAAUCCAUCAGUUGAUGAGCUUAAACAACUAGUAUUACAAUUGGAUGAUCCAAAAGAAUCUAAAAAGGCUGAUGACAUAGCUGCCAAAGUUGAAGCGCAAAACACAGACACUUUGCAACGACUACAAAACACCUACCAAGACAUUAACGAUAAGCUUGUGGAACUAACAGACAAAGCUUCUGGUUUUACUACUAAUUCCAAAUCAACACCUGUCGAUUACAUUGAGCUACAAGAACAUUUCGUGGAUACUCUUGUUCACGCAGCUGAAUUAGAUUCUGAUCUCAAUAAGCUUCCAGAAGAACAAGAAGCCCAUAGAGCUUUAAAUAAGGCUAUUGAGGUUUCAACAGAAAAUCUCAACAAAAUCAACGACAUUGUCAGCAAUAUCGACCGGUUGAAGAAGCAAAAAGAAGUGGUAACCGGGCUUUUGGACAAGGAAGGCAAAAUCAUUGAGAAAAUCGAAAACGCUGGCCAGCAACCACCAACCAAAGCGGAAGACGAGGCAAAUGUUUUGAAAACUCAAAAUAUUAACCCAAUCACAAGCGAAAUGGAUAAACUUCGAGAAAUCGCGGACAGUUUGCCCUACAUGGAGUCUGUCGAUUCUGACAUAAGAUUUAUCAAAGAGGAACUAUCACAACUACCAGCUGAUCUUGAGCACACUACCAAAGCUAUCAUCGAAGAACUAAGGAACGAAGAUGAUCUCUCCGAACGGGUCAAUGACGAACUCGAUAACAUUCAACAACUCUUCGUGUCGUCAGACGACGCUGACGAACUUGAAAAAGUCCUCAAAGAAAAAAUACCACAAUCACGCGAAACACUUCAAGAACUACAGAAGUCAGUAGACAAAGCGUUUGCUAACCGAAAGUUUGUGGAACCGUCUGUGAUACCAGUAGCACACCUUGUGUCACUGUUAAACGAAAAAGAGCAAGAUAUGCAAAAACGUUUGGAUAAAGUCAAGUCUAAUCGUGCUAAACGAGAACCACCAACAGAAGAAGCCCGAAGACAAGUGGAAGAGCACGCAAAGACAGUUUUGUCAUCGGCUGAAGACAUUCUAAAACCGUUUACUCAAGGACAACCACCACAAGAUCUAGAGGCUGUCGAAAAUGCUUAUCAACAAACUUUGCCAAAACAAAAUGAACUUAAAGAAGAACGAAACCAUGUCACAAAAGCUAUUGAUGACCUCAAGAAAGCUAAAGACAUUAAACUCAAGAAGAAGGACAAGUCAAUUGCUCACUUGAAGAAACUGGACGAUCAGCUACUGCAAAAAGAAAACGAUUUAGCAGAGCUGAAUGAAAAUUGGCCGAUGAAAUUAAUAAUCACAAAGAACUGAAAAAUAAGGCUAACAACCUACUUUCCAGUUUGACGGAAUUAGAGGCAUUAUUGCAAAAAGAUCAAAAAGUAUCUGACUUGGACAAAAAACUGUCCGACCUUAACCAGCAGUUGGCUCAGCUACAACAAAACGUCGGACCAUUCAUUUACGUCAGCCAAGUUUCAGAAAUUAGCAAUAAACUGGCUGACAUCAACAAAAAAGCAGAUACAGCAGUACAAUCCAAAGAUGAAGAGAAAAAAUACAAGCUUCAAAAUCAAGAAAAAGAUAUCGAAUUCCUGCUACAAAAACUAUCUGACGAGUUGAAAAAUGCAGAAGAUACCCUAGCAGACCCCAACGCCAGCGUUGACAAGCUAAAGAAGGCCGUUGAACUUUUGGAAACAACGAAACCACGAUUCAGUGAGUUAUCCAAAAUCUACGAAGACUUGGAACCAGAGGACGAUGAGAGCUCGGAACUUCGCAACAAAACCGCUAACCAAUUAGCCAAAUUGAACGAACUUUUCGAUGCCAACCGUCAAUCAGUCAACGACAGAAUCGACGCUGCUUUAGCCAAGCCUCAUGAAGAUCUGAACAAACUGAUUACCGAAGCCCAAAAACUUAUGGUGAACCCAGAAGCCAACCCAGACAACCUGAACGAAACCACGGCCUUGUUGUUGGGCAAGAUCGAAGAAGCUGAACAAGUCGCUAACGAGGUCGGAGACAGCGCCCCAGAACCAGACCAUGUCGAUAAACUCAAACAGAUUAUCGACGUGGCUAAAGAAACCAAAAAGAGCGUAGACGAUAAGUGGAACCAGUGGCUCAAGUUCAAAAAGCUACGUGAUGAAAUCUUUGACAGUCUCGACAAACCUCGUCAGACUGUCACUGAUGUUUCAAACCGCAACUUGAGAUCGCCAAAGUCAGCCGAGAAAGAUAUCAAACCUUUGGAGGUAAGUAAAGUGAUACAAACACUCUAAAAUUUAUAAAAUCACACAUUAAACGUAUAAUUUUUAAAUUUUAAAACAAUUAAAAUCCAACCCAAUAACAAAAAAUAUUUUAGAAAGCACAAAAAGCCUUGGCUCCGCUCCGAAAACAAGCCGACAAACUGGACCAGCUUGGACAACAACUUCAACCCCUGGCUGUGGCUGAAAGUGAAGUCCGAUUUGUUAACGCUGACUUGCAAGAGUUAGAAGACGACAUUCGAGACCUGCUUAACGCCGUUCGUGAUGAAUCUAGUCAUGAGAACAAUUUGUUAGAACGCUCUAAGGAAUUGAUCAAUGAGCUAGAGAGAAUCAACGAAGACCUGCCAAAGCUUGACAAAAACGGUCUCACCAACGUGAAAGAACAGGCGGUGCCAGCGUUGAAGAAACAGCUUGAAGACCUUGUACAACAACAUCAAAACGCUAGAAACACCAGACGUGCGGUUGAACGAGCAAACCUUCCAGAUGACUCAUCUCCUGAACAACUGACUGCUCGCGUUGACGACCUGAACGCCCAGGCCGACAAGUUCUUGGAUAAACUGGCUCGGGACGAAGAACAACAGCGUGUCCAGACCGAAUGGCUUCAGAAGAAGAACGAAAUCGACCAAGUUGUGUUAGCUACUAACAAUGAAGUGAACAACUUGCUUGGCCGUUACGCUACAGAAAAUCUGGAGCCCCAAUCUUUGCAAGCCGCCGAGAACGACGCUGAAGGCGUUUCCAACUUCAAGGAUCGUCUUAGCGGACUUCGUGAUCGCCUACAACAAGCCUACGAUUGGUUGACUCGAGCUGAAGAUCUUCCAGCCGAAGUUAGAGAACAAGAGCUUCAGAAGAUCGCCGAUGAACAAAAACGAAUCGACGAUGAAGAAAAGCGUGUUGAUGAUUUGCAACAAAAACUGAAUGCCGAACUUAAACGUCAAAAGGAGCUGGCUGACAAACACAACCAACUUCUGCAACGUUUGAACGAGCUCAGUGACGCUGCACUCAAAAUUCAUCAAGAUUCUAAUGUCGAAGACAAGAAACAACACCUCGAACAAAUUGACCAAAGCAUCGCGCCUUUGGUCGAAGAAAUCGAGGUUGUUCAACAUCAAUACCAAGAACCUGCAGAAUCACAACUCAUCAGACCUUCUGACAGUGUCAACGUUCAACAACUCAAAGACCGUGUUGAUGAACUGAAGAAGACCUUGGACGCUGAGCAAAAAGACGCUGCCAAGAAGCUCCAGGUCAUCAAGGUUGGCCAAGAAAUCGAACACUUGCGUGCAAAGUUGUCCGACGAUUUGAGGAAUGCAGAAGAUACCCUAGCAGACCCCAACGCCAGCGUUGACAAGCUAAAGAAGGCCGUUGAACUUUUGGAAACAACGAAACCACGAUUCAGUGAGUUAUCCAAAAUCUACGAAGACUUGGAACCAGAGGACGAUGAGAGCUCGGAACUUCGCAACAAAACCGCUAACCAAUUAGCCAAAUUGAACGAACUUUUCGAUGCCAACCGUCAAUCAGUCAACGACAGAAUCGACGCUGCUUUAGCCAAGCCUCAUGAAGAUCUGAACAAACUGAUUACCGAAGCCCAAAAACUUAUGGUGAACCCAGAAGCCAACCCAGACAACCUGAACGAAACCACGGCCUUGUUGUUGGGCAAGAUCGAAGAAGCUGAACAAGUCGCUAACGAGGUCGGAGACAGCGCCCCAGAACCAGACCAUGUCGAUAAACUCAAACAGAUUAUCGACGUGGCUAAAGAAACCAAAAAGAGCGUAGACGAUAAGUGGAACCAGUGGCUCAAGUUCAAAAAGCUACGUGAUGAAAUCUUUGACAGUCUCGACAAACCUCGUCAGACUGUCACUGAUGUUUCAAACCGCAACUUGAGAUCGCCAAAGUCAGCCGAGAAAGAUAUCAAACCUUUGGAGGUAAGUAAAGUGAUACAAACACUCUAAAAUUUAUAAAAUCACACAUUAAACGUAUAAUUUUUAAAUUUUAAAACAAUUAAAAUCCAACCCAAUAACAAAAAAUAUUUUAGAAAGCACAAAAAGCCUUGGCUCCGCUCCGAAAACAAGCCGACAAACUGGACCAGCUUGGACAACAACUUCAACCCCUGGCUGUGGCUGAAAGUGAAGUCCGAUUUGUUAACGCUGACUUGCAAGAGUUAGAAGACGACAUUCGAGACCUGCUUAACGCCGUUCGUGAUGAAUCUAGUCAUGAGAACAAUUUGUUAGAACGCUCUAAGGAAUUGAUCAAUGAGCUAGAGAGAAUCAACGAAGACCUGCCAAAGCUUGACAAAAACGGUCUCACCAACGUGAAAGAACAGGCGGUGCCAGCGUUGAAGAAACAGCUUGAAGACCUUGUACAACAACAUCAAAACGCUAGAAACACCAGACGUGCGGUUGAACGAGCAAACCUUCCAGAUGACUCAUCUCCUGAACAACUGACUGCUCGCGUUGACGACCUGAACGCCCAGGCCGACAAGUUCUUGGAUAAACUGGCUCGGGACGAAGAACAACAGCGUGUCCAGACCGAAUGGCUUCAGAAGAAGAACGAAAUCGACCAAGUUGUGUUAGCUACUAACAAUGAAGUGAACAACUUGCUUGGCCGUUACGCUACAGAAAAUCUGGAGCCCCAAUCUUUGCAAGCCGCCGAGAACGACGCUGAAGGCGUUUCCAACUUCAAGGAUCGUCUUAGCGGACUUCGUGAUCGCCUACAACAAGCCUACGAUUGGUUGACUCGAGCUGAAGAUCUUCCAGCCGAAGUUAGAGAACAAGAGCUUCAGAAGAUCGCCGAUGAACAAAAACGAAUCGACGAUGAAGAAAAGCGUGUUGAUGAUUUGCAACAAAAACUGAAUGCCGAACUUAAACGUCAAAAGGAGCUGGCUGACAAACACAACCAACUUCUGCAACGUUUGAACGAGCUCAGUGACGCUGCACUCAAAAUUCAUCAAGAUUCUAAUGUCGAAGACAAGAAACAACACCUCGAACAAAUUGACCAAAGCAUCGCGCCUUUGGUCGAAGAAAUCGAGGUUGUUCAACAUCAAUACCAAGAACCUGCAGAAUCACAACUCAUCAGACCUUCUGACAGUGUCAACGUUCAACAACUCAAAGACCGUGUUGAUGAACUGAAGAAGACCUUGGACGCUGAGCAAAAAGACGCUGCCAAGAAGCUCCAGGUCAUCAAGGUUGGCCAAGAAAUCGAACACUUGCGUGCAAAGUUGUCCGACGAUUUGAGGAAUGCAGAAGAUACCCUAGCAGACCCCAACGCCAGCGUUGACAAGCUAAAGAAGGCCGUUGAACUUUUGGAAACAACGAAACCACGAUUCAGUGAGUUAUCCAAAAUCUACGAAGACUUGGAACCAGAGGACGAUGAGAGCUCGGAACUUCGCAACAAAACCGCUAACCAAUUAGCCAAAUUGAACGAACUUUUCGAUGCCAACCGUCAAUCAGUCAACGACAGAAUCGACGCUGCUUUAGCCAAGCCUCAUGAAGAUCUGAACAAACUGAUUACCGAAGCCCAAAAACUUAUGGUGAACCCAGAAGCCAACCCAGACAACCUGAACGAAACCACGGCCUUGUUGUUGGGCAAGAUCGAAGAAGCUGAACAAGUCGCUAACGAGGUCGGAGACAGCGCCCCAGAACCAGACCAUGUCGAUAAACUCAAACAGAUUAUCGACGUGGCUAAAGAAACCAAAAAGAGCGUAGACGAUAAGUGGAACCAGUGGCUCAAGUUCAAAAAGCUACGUGAUGAAAUCUUUGACAGUCUCGACAAACCUCGUCAGACUGUCACUGAUGUUUCAAACCGCAACUUGAGAUCGCCAAAGUCAGCCGAGAAAGAUAUCAAACCUUUGGAGGUAAGUAAAGUGAUACAAACACUCUAAAAUUUAUAAAAUCACACAUUAAACGUAUAAUUUUUAAAUUUUAAAACAAUUAAAAUCCAACCCAAUAACAAAAAAUAUUUUAGAAAGCACAAAAAGCCUUGGCUCCGCUCCGAAAACAAGCCGACAAACUGGACCAGCUUGGACAACAACUUCAACCCCUGGCUGUGGCUGAAAGUGAAGUCCGAUUUGUUAACGCUGACUUGCAAGAGUUAGAAGACGACAUUCGAGACCUGCUUAACGCCGUUCGUGAUGAAUCUAGUCAUGAGAACAAUUUGUUAGAACGCUCUAAGGAAUUGAUCAAUGAGCUAGAGAGAAUCAACGAAGACCUGCCAAAGCUUGACAAAAACGGUCUCACCAACGUGAAAGAACAGGCGGUGCCAGCGUUGAAGAAACAGCUUGAAGACCUUGUACAACAACAUCAAAACGCUAGAAACACCAGACGUGCGGUUGAACGAGCAAACCUUCCAGAUGACUCAUCUCCUGAACAACUGACUGCUCGCGUUGACGACCUGAACGCCCAGGCCGACAAGUUCUUGGAUAAACUGGCUCGGGACGAAGAACAACAGCGUGUCCAGACCGAAUGGCUUCAGAAGAAGAACGAAAUCGACCAAGUUGUGUUAGCUACUAACAAUGAAGUGAACAACUUGCUUGGCCGUUACGCUACAGAAAAUCUGGAGCCCCAAUCUUUGCAAGCCGCCGAGAACGACGCUGAAGGCGUUUCCAACUUCAAGGAUCGUCUUAGCGGACUUCGUGAUCGCCUACAACAAGCCUACGAUUGGUUGACUCGAGCUGAAGAUCUUCCAGCCGAAGUUAGAGAACAAGAGCUUCAGAAGAUCGCCGAUGAACAAAAACGAAUCGACGAUGAAGAAAAGCGUGUUGAUGAUUUGCAACAAAAACUGAAUGCCGAACUUAAACGUCAAAAGGAGCUGGCUGACAAACACAACCAACUUCUGCAACGUUUGAACGAGCUCAGUGACGCUGCACUCAAAAUUCAUCAAGAUUCUAAUGUCGAAGACAAGAAACAACACCUCGAACAAAUUGACCAAAGCAUCGCGCCUUUGGUCGAAGAAAUCGAGGUUGUUCAACAUCAAUACCAAGAACCUGCAGAAUCACAACUCAUCAGACCUUCUGACAGUGUCAACGUUCAACAACUCAAAGACCGUGUUGAUGAACUGAAGAAGACCUUGGACGCUGAGCAAAAAGACGCUGCCAAGAAGCUCCAGGUCAUCAAGGUUGGCCAAGAAAUCGAACACUUGCGUGCAAAGUUGUCCGACGAUUUGAGGAAUGCAGAAGAUACCCUAGCAGACCCCAACGCCAGCGUUGACAAGCUAAAGAAGGCCGUUGAACUUUUGGAAACAACGAAACCACGAUUCAGUGAGUUAUCCAAAAUCUACGAAGACUUGGAACCAGAGGACGAUGAGAGCUCGGAACUUCGCAACAAAACCGCUAACCAAUUAGCCAAAUUGAACGAACUUUUCGAUGCCAACCGUCAAUCAGUCAACGACAGAAUCGACGCUGCUUUAGCCAAGCCUCAUGAAGAUCUGAACAAACUGAUUACCGAAGCCCAAAAACUUAUGGUGAACCCAGAAGCCAACCCAGACAACCUGAACGAAACCACGGCCUUGUUGUUGGGCAAGAUCGAAGAAGCUGAACAAGUCGCUAACGAGGUCGGAGACAGCGCCCCAGAACCAGACCAUGUCGAUAAACUCAAACAGAUUAUCGACGUGGCUAAAGAAACCAAAAAGAGCGUAGACGAUAAGUGGAACCAGUGGCUCAAGUUCAAAAAGCUACGUGAUGAAAUCUUUGACAGUCUCGACAAACCUCGUCAGACUGUCACUGAUGUUUCAAACCGCAACUUGAGAUCGCCAAAGUCAGCCGAGAAAGAUAUCAAACCUUUGGAGGUAAGUAAAGUGAUACAAACACUCUAAAAUUUAUAAAAUCACACAUUAAACGUAUAAUUUUUAAAUUUUAAAACAAUUAAAAUCCAACCCAAUAACAAAAAAUAUUUUAGAAAGCACAAAAAGCCUUGGCUCCGCUCCGAAAACAAGCCGACAAACUGGACCAGCUUGGACAACAACUUCAACCCCUGGCUGUGGCUGAAAGUGAAGUCCGAUUUGUUAACGCUGACUUGCAAGAGUUAGAAGACGACAUUCGAGACCUGCUUAACGCCGUUCGUGAUGAAUCUAGUCAUGAGAACAAUUUGUUAGAACGCUCUAAGGAAUUGAUCAAUGAGCUAGAGAGAAUCAACGAAGACCUGCCAAAGCUUGACAAAAACGGUCUCACCAACGUGAAAGAACAGGCGGUGCCAGCGUUGAAGAAACAGCUUGAAGACCUUGUACAACAACAUCAAAACGCUAGAAACACCAGACGUGCGGUUGAACGAGCAAACCUUCCAGAUGACUCAUCUCCUGAACAACUGACUGCUCGCGUUGACGACCUGAACGCCCAGGCCGACAAGUUCUUGGAUAAACUGGCUCGGGACGAAGAACAACAGCGUGUCCAGACCGAAUGGCUUCAGAAGAAGAACGAAAUCGACCAAGUUGUGUUAGCUACUAACAAUGAAGUGAACAACUUGCUUGGCCGUUACGCUACAGAAAAUCUGGAGCCCCAAUCUUUGCAAGCCGCCGAGAACGACGCUGAAGGCGUUUCCAACUUCAAGGAUCGUCUUAGCGGACUUCGUGAUCGCCUACAACAAGCCUACGAUUGGUUGACUCGAGCUGAAGAUCUUCCAGCCGAAGUUAGAGAACAAGAGCUUCAGAAGAUCGCCGAUGAACAAAAACGAAUCGACGAUGAAGAAAAGCGUGUUGAUGAUUUGCAACAAAAACUGAAUGCCGAACUUAAACGUCAAAAGGAGCUGGCUGACAAACACAACCAACUUCUGCAACGUUUGAACGAGCUCAGUGACGCUGCACUCAAAAUUCAUCAAGAUUCUAAUGUCGAAGACAAGAAACAACACCUCGAACAAAUUGACCAAAGCAUCGCGCCUUUGGUCGAAGAAAUCGAGGUUGUUCAACAUCAAUACCAAGAACCUGCAGAAUCACAACUCAUCAGACCUUCUGACAGUGUCAACGUUCAACAACUCAAAGACCGUGUUGAUGAACUGAAGAAGACCUUGGACGCUGAGCAAAAAGACGCUGCCAAGAAGCUCCAGGUCAUCAAGGUUGGCCAAGAAAUCGAACACUUGCGUGCAAAGUUGUCCGACGAUUUGAGGAAUGCAGAAGAUACCCUAGCAGACCCCAACGCCAGCGUUGACAAGCUAAAGAAGGCCGUUGAACUUUUGGAAACAACGAAACCACGAUUCAGUGAGUUAUCCAAAAUCUACGAAGACUUGGAACCAGAGGACGAUGAGAGCUCGGAACUUCGCAACAAAACCGCUAACCAAUUAGCCAAAUUGAACGAACUUUUCGAUGCCAACCGUCAAUCAGUCAACGACAGAAUCGACGCUGCUUUAGCCAAGCCUCAUGAAGAUCUGAACAAACUGAUUACCGAAGCCCAAAAACUUAUGGUGAACCCAGAAGCCAACCCAGACAACCUGAACGAAACCACGGCCUUGUUGUUGGGCAAGAUCGAAGAAGCUGAACAAGUCGCUAACGAGGUCGGAGACAGCGCCCCAGAACCAGACCAUGUCGAUAAACUCAAACAGAUUAUCGACGUGGCUAAAGAAACCAAAAAGAGCGUAGACGAUAAGUGGAACCAGUGGCUCAAGUUCAAAAAGCUACGUGAUGAAAUCUUUGACAGUCUCGACAAACCUCGUCAGACUGUCACUGAUGUUUCAAACCGCAACUUGAGAUCGCCAAAGUCAGCCGAGAAAGAUAUCAAACCUUUGGAGGUAAGUAAAGUGAUACAAACACUCUAAAAUUUAUAAAAUCACACAUUAAACGUAUAAUUUUUAAAUUUUAAAACAAUUAAAAUCCAACCCAAUAACAAAAAAUAUUUUAGAAAGCACAAAAAGCCUUGGCUCCGCUCCGAAAACAAGCCGACAAACUGGACCAGCUUGGACAACAACUUCAACCCCUGGCUGUGGCUGAAAGUGAAGUCCGAUUUGUUAACGCUGACUUGCAAGAGUUAGAAGACGACAUUCGAGACCUGCUUAACGCCGUUCGUGAUGAAUCUAGUCAUGAGAACAAUUUGUUAGAACGCUCUAAGGAAUUGAUCAAUGAGCUAGAGAGAAUCAACGAAGACCUGCCAAAGCUUGACAAAAACGGUCUCACCAACGUGAAAGAACAGGCGGUGCCAGCGUUGAAGAAACAGCUUGAAGACCUUGUACAACAACAUCAAAACGCUAGAAACACCAGACGUGCAGUUGAACGAGCAAACCUUCCAGAUGACUCAUCUCCUGAACAACUGACUGCUCGCGUUGACGACCUGAACGCCCAGGCCGACAAGUUCUUGGAUAAACUGGCUCGGGACGAAGAACAACAGCGUGUCCAGACCGAAUGGCUUCAGAAGAAGAACGAAAUCGACCAAGUUGUGUUAGCUACUAACAAUGAAGUGAACAACUUGCUUGGCCGUUACGCUACAGAAAAUCUGGAGCCCCAAUCUUUGCAAGCCGCCGAGAACGACGCUGAAGGCGUUUCCAACUUCAAGGAUCGUCUUAGCGGACUUCGUGAUCGCCUACAACAAGCCUACGAUUGGUUGACUCGAGCUGAAGAUCUUCCAGCCGAAGUUAGAGAACAAGAGCUUCAGAAGAUCGCCGAUGAACAAAAACGAAUCGACGAUGAAGAAAAGCGUGUUGAUGAUUUGCAACAAAAACUGAAUGCCGAACUUAAACGUCAAAAGGAGCUGGCUGACAAACACAACCAACUUCUGCAACGUUUGAACGAGCUCAGUGACGCUGCACUCAAAAUUCAUCAAGAUUCUAAUGUCGAAGACAAGAAACAACACCUCGAACAAAUUGACCAAAGCAUCGCGCCUUUGGUCGAAGAAAUCGAGGUUGUUCAACAUCAAUACCAAGAACCUGCAGAAUCACAACUCAUCAGACCUUCUGACAGUGUCAACGUUCAACAACUCAAAGACCGUGUUGAUGAACUGAAGAAGACCUUGGACGCUGAGCAAAAAGACGCUGCCAAGAAGCUCCAGGUCAUCAAGGUUGGCCAAGAAAUCGAACACUUGCGUGCAAAGUUGUCCGACGAUUUGAGGAAUGCAGAAGAUACCCUAGCAGACCCCAACGCCAGCGUUGACAAGCUAAAGAAGGCCGUUGAACUUUUGGAAACAACGAAACCACGAUUCAGUGAGUUAUCCAAAAUCUACGAAGACUUGGAACCAGAGGACGAUGAGAGCUCGGAACUUCGCAACAAAACCGCUAACCAAUUAGCCAAAUUGAACGAACUUUUCGAUGCCAACCGUCAAUCAGUCAACGACAGAAUCGACGCUGCUUUAGCCAAGCCUCAUGAAGAUCUGAACAAACUGAUUACCGAAGCCCAAAAACUUAUGGUGAACCCAGAAGCCAACCCAGACAACCUGAACGAAACCACGGCCUUGUUGUUGGGCAAGAUCGAAGAAGCUGAACAAGUCGCUAACGAGGUCGGAGACAGCGCCCCAGAACCAGACCAUGUCGAUAAACUCAAACAGAUUAUCGACGUGGCUAAAGAAACCAAAAAGAGCGUAGACGAUAAGUGGAACCAGUGGCUCAAGUUCAAAAAGCUACGUGAUGAAAUCUUUGACAGUCUCGACAAACCUCGUCAGACUGUCACUGAUGUUUCAAACCGCAACUUGAGAUCGCCAAAGUCAGCCGAGAAAGAUAUCAAACCUUUGGAGGUAAGUAAAGUGAUACAAACACUCUAAAAUUUAUAAAAUCACACAUUAAACGUAUAAUUUUUAAAUUUUAAAACAAUUAAAAUCCAAACCCAAUAACAAAAAAUAUUUUAGAAAGCACAAAAAGCCUUGGCUCCGCUCCGAAAACAAGCCGACAAACUGGACCAGCUUGGACAACAACUUCAACCCCUGGCUGUGGCUGAAAGUGAAGUCCGAUUUGUUAACGCUGACUUGCAAGAGUUAGAAGACGACAUUCGAGACCUGCUUAACGCCGUUCGUGAUGAAUCUAGUCAUGAGAACAAUUUGUUAGAACGCUCUAAGGAAUUGAUCAAUGAGCUAGAGAGAAUCAACGAAGACCUGCCAAAGCUUGACAAAAACGGUCUCACCAACGUGAAAGAACAGGCGGUGCCAGCGUUGAAGAAACAGCUUGAAGACCUUGUACAACAACAUCAAAACGCUAGAAACACCAGACGUGCAGUUGAACGAGCAAACCUUCCAGAUGACUCAUCUCCUGAACAACUGACUGCUCGCGUUGACGACCUGAACGCCCAGGCCGACAAGUUCUUGGAUAAACUGGCUCGGGACGAAGAACAACAGCGUGUCCAGACCGAAUGGCUUCAGAAGAAGAACGAAAUCGACCAAGUUGUGUUAGCUACUAACAAUGAAGUGAACAACUUGCUUGGCCGUUACGCUACAGAAAAUCUGGAGCCCCAAUCUUUGCAAGCCGCCGAGAACGACGCUGAAGGCGUUUCCAACUUCAAGGAUCGUCUUAGCGGACUUCGUGAUCGCCUACAACAAGCCUACGAUUGGUUGACUCGAGCUGAAGAUCUUCCAGCCGAAGUUAGAGAACAAGAGCUUCAGAAGAUCGCCGAUGAACAAAAACGAAUCGACGAUGAAGAAAAGCGUGUUGAUGAUUUGCAACAAAAACUGAAUGCCGAACUUAAACGUCAAAAGGAGCUGGCUGACAAACACAACCAACUUCUGCAACGUUUGAACGAGCUCAGUGACGCUGCACUCAAAAUUCAUCAAGAUUCUAAUGUCGAAGACAAGAAACAACACCUCGAACAAAUUGACCAAAGCAUCGCGCCUUUGGUCGAAGAAAUCGAGGUUGUUCAACAUCAAUACCAAGAACCUGCAGAAUCACAACUCAUCAGACCUUCUGACAGUGUCAACGUUCAACAACUCAAAGACCGUGUUGAUGAACUGAAGAAGACCUUGGACGCUGAGCAAAAAGACGCUGCCAAGAAGCUCCAGGUCAUCAAGGUUGGCCAAGAAAUCGAACACUUGCGUGCAAAGUUGUCCGACGAUUUGAGGAAUGCAGAAGAUACCCUAGCAGACCCCAACGCCAGCGUUGACAAGCUAAAGAAGGCCGUUGAACUUUUGGAAACAACGAAACCACGAUUCAGUGAGUUAUCCAAAAUCUACGAAGACUUGGAACCAGAGGACGAUGAGAGCUCGGAACUUCGCAACAAAACCGCUAACCAAUUAGCCAAAUUGAACGAACUUUUCGAUGCCAACCGUCAAUCAGUCAACGACAGAAUCGACGCUGCUUUAGCCAAGCCUCAUGAAGAUCUGAACAAACUGAUUACCGAAGCCCAAAAACUUAUGGUGAACCCAGAAGCCAACCCAGACAACCUGAACGAAACCACGGCCUUGUUGUUGGGCAAGAUCGAAGAAGCUGAACAAGUCGCUAACGAGGUCGGAGACAGCGCCCCAGAACCAGACCAUGUCGAUAAACUCAAACAGAUUAUCGACGUGGCUAAAGAAACCAAAAAGAGCGUAGACGAUAAGUGGAACCAGUGGCUCAAGUUCAAAAAGCUACGUGAUGAAAUCUUUGACAGUCUCGACAAACCUCGUCAGACUGUCACUGAUGUUUCAAACCGCAACUUGAGAUCGCCAAAGUCAGCCGAGAAAGAUAUCAAACCUUUGGAGGUAAGUAAAGUGAUACAAACACUCUAAAAUUUAUAAAAUCACACAUUAAACGUAUAAUUUUUAAAUUUUAAAACAAUUAAAAUCCAACCCAAUAACAAAAAAUAUUUUAGAAAGCACAAAAAGCCUUGGCUCCGCUCCGAAAACAAGCCGACAAACUGGACCAGCUUGGACAACAACUUCAACCCCUGGCUGUGGCUGAAAGUGAAGUCCGAUUUGUUAACGCUGACUUGCAAGAGUUAGAAGACGACAUUCGAGACCUGCUUAACGCCGUUCGUGAUGAAUCUAGUCAUGAGAACAAUUUGUUAGAACGCUCUAAGGAAUUGAUCAAUGAGCUAGAGAGAAUCAACGAAGACCUGCCAAAGCUUGACAAAAACGGUCUCACCAACGUGAAAGAACAGGCGGUGCCAGCGUUGAAGAAACAGCUUGAAGACCUUGUACAACAACAUCAAAACGCUAGAAACACCAGACGUGCAGUUGAACGAGCAAACCUUCCAGAUGACUCAUCUCCUGAACAACUGACUGCUCGCGUUGACGACCUGAACGCCCAGGCCGACAAGUUCUUGGAUAAACUGGCUCGGGACGAAGAACAACAGCGUGUCCAGACCGAAUGGCUUCAGAAGAAGAACGAAAUCGACCAAGUUGUGUUAGCUACUAACAAUGAAGUGAACAACUUGCUUGGCCGUUACGCUACAGAAAAUCUGGAGCCCCAAUCUUUGCAAGCCGCCGAGAACGACGCUGAAGGCGUUUCCAACUUCAAGGAUCGUCUUAGCGGACUUCGUGAUCGCCUACAACAAGCCUACGAUUGGUUGACUCGAGCUGAAGAUCUUCCAGCCGAAGUUAGAGAACAAGAGCUUCAGAAGAUCGCCGAUGAACAAAAACGAAUCGACGAUGAAGAAAAGCGUGUUGAUGAUUUGCAACAAAAACUGAAUGCCGAACUUAAACGUCAAAAGGAGCUGGCUGACAAACACAACCAACUUCUGCAACGUUUGAACGAGCUCAGUGACGCUGCACUCAAAAUUCAUCAAGAUUCUAAUGUCGAAGACAAGAAACAACACCUCGAACAAAUUGACCAAAGCAUCGCGCCUUUGGUCGAAGAAAUCGAGGUUGUUCAACAUCAAUUCCAAGAACCUACAGAAUCACAACUCAUCAGACCUUCUGACAGUGUCAACGUUCAACAACUCAAAGACCGUGUUGAUGAACUGAAGAAGACCUUGGACGCUGAGCAAAAAGACGCUGCCAAGAAGCUCCAGGUCAUCAAGGUUGGCCAAGAAAUCGAACACUUGCGUGCAAAGUUGUCCGACGAUUUGAGGAAUGCAGAAGAUACCCUAGCAGACCCCAACGCCAGCGUUGACAAGCUAAAGAAGGCCGUUGAACUUUUGGAAACAACGAAACCACGAUUCAGUGAGUUAUCCAAAAUCUACGAAGACUUGGAACCAGAGGACGAUGAGAGCUCGGAACUUCGCAACAAAACCGCUAACCAAUUAGCCAAAUUGAACGAACUUUUCGAUGCCAACCGUCAAUCAGUCAACGACAGAAUCGACGCUGCUUUAGCCAAGCCUCAUGAAGAUCUGAACAAACUGAUUACCGAAGCCCAAAAACUUAUGGUGAACCCAGAAGCCAACCCAGACAACCUGAACGAAACCACGGCCUUGUUGUUGGGCAAGAUCGAAGAAGCUGAACAAGUCGCUAACGAGGUCGGAGACAGCGCCCCAGAACCAGACCAUGUCGAUAAACUCAAACAGAUUAUCGACGUGGCUAAAGAAACCAAAAAGAGCGUAGACGAUAAGUGGAACCAGUGGCUCAAGUUCAAAAAGCUACGUGAUGAAAUCUUUGACAGUCUCGACAAACCUCGUCAGACUGUCACUGAUGUUUCAAACCGCAACUUGAGAUCGCCAAAGUCAGCCGAGAAAGAUAUCAAACCUUUGGAGGUAAGUAAAGUGAUACAAACACUCUAAAAUUUAUAAAAUCACACAUUAAACGUAUAAUUUUUAAAUUUUAAAACAAUUAAAAUCCAACCCAAUAACAAAAAAUAUUUUAGAAAGCACAAAAAGCCUUGGCUCCGCUCCGAAAACAAGCCGACAAACUGGACCAGCUUGGACAACAACUUCAACCCCUGGCUGUGGCUGAAAGUGAAGUCCGAUUUGUUAACGCUGACUUGCAAGAGUUAGAAGACGACAUUCGAGACCUGCUUAACGCCGUUCGUGAUGAAUCUAGUCAUGAGAACAAUUUGUUAGAACGCUCUAAGGAAUUGAUCAAUGAGCUAGAGAGAAUCAACGAAGACCUGCCAAAGCUUGACAAAAACGGUCUCACCAACGUGAAAGAACAGGCGGUGCCAGCGUUGAAGAAACAGCUUGAAGACCUUGUACAACAACAUCAAAACGCUAGAAACACCAGACGUGCAGUUGAACGAGCAAACCUUCCAGAUGACUCAUCUCCUGAACAACUGACUGCUCGCGUUGACGACCUGAACGCCCAGGCCGACAAGUUCUUGGAUAAACUGGCUCGGGACGAAGAACAACAGCGUGUCCAGACCGAAUGGCUUCAGAAGAAGAACGAAAUCGACCAAGUUGUGUUAGCUACUAACAAUGAAGUGAACAACUUGCUUGGCCGUUACGCUACAGAAAAUCUGGAGCCCCAAUCUUUGCAAGCCGCCGAGAACGACGCUGAAGGCGUUUCCAACUUCAAGGAUCGUCUUAGCGGACUUCGUGAUCGCCUACAACAAGCCUACGAUUGGUUGACUCGAGCUGAAGAUCUUCCAGCCGAAGUUAGAGAACAAGAGCUUCAGAAGAUCGCCGAUGAACAAAAACGAAUCGACGAUGAAGAAAAGCGUGUUGAUGAUUUGCAACAAAAACUGAAUGCCGAACUUAAACGUCAAAAGGAGCUGGCUGACAAACACAACCAACUUCUGCAACGUUUGAACGAGCUCAGUGACGCUGCACUCAAAAUUCAUCAAGAUUCUAAUGUCGAAGACAAGAAACAACACCUCGAACAAAUUGACCAAAGCAUCGCGCCUUUGGUCGAAGAAAUCGAGGUUGUUCAACAUCAAUACCAAGAACCUGCAGAAUCACAACUCAUCAGACCUUCUGACAGUGUCAACGUUCAACAACUCAAAGACCGUGUUGAUGAACUGAAGAAGACCUUGGACGCUGAGCAAAAAGACGCUGCCAAGAAGCUCCAGGUCAUCAAGGUUGGCCAAGAAAUCGAACACUUGCGUGCAAAGUUGUCCGACGAUUUGAGGAAUGCAGAAGAUACCCUAGCAGACCCCAACGCCAGCGUUGACAAGCUAAAGAAGGCCGUUGAACUUUUGGAAACAACGAAACCACGAUUCAGUGAGUUAUCCAAAAUCUACGAAGACUUGGAACCAGAGGACGAUGAGAGCUCGGAACUUCGCAACAAAACCGCUAACCAAUUAGCCAAAUUGAACGAACUUUUCGAUGCCAACCGUCAAUCAGUCAACGACAGAAUCGACGCUGCUUUAGCCAAGCCUCAUGAAGAUCUGAACAAACUGAUUACCGAAGCCCAAAAACUUAUGGUGAACCCAGAAGCCAACCCAGACAACCUGAACGAAACCACGGCCUUGUUGUUGGGCAAGAUCGAAGAAGCUGAACAAGUCGCUAACGAGGUCGGAGACAGCGCCCCAGAACCAGACCAUGUCGAUAAACUCAAACAGAUUAUCGACGUGGCUAAAGAAACCAAAAAGAGCGUAGACGAUAAGUGGAACCAGUGGCUCAAGUUCAAAAAGCUACGUGAUGAAAUCUUUGACAGUCUCGACAAACCUCGUCAGACUGUCACUGAUGUUUCAAACCGCAACUUGAGAUCGCCAAAGUCAGCCGAGAAAGAUAUCAAACCUUUGGAGGUAAGUAAAGUGAUACAAACACUCUAAAAUUUAUAAAAUCACACAUUAAACGUAUAAUUUUUAAAUUUUAAAACAAUUAAAAUCCAAACCCAAUAACAAAAAAUAUUUUAGAAAGCACAAAAAGCCUUGGCUCCGCUCCGAAAACAAGCCGACAAACUGGACCAGCUUGGACAACAACUUCAACCCCUGGCUGUGGCUGAAAGUGAAGUCCGAUUUGUUAACGCUGACUUGCAAGAGUUAGAAGACGACAUUCGAGACCUGCUUAACGCCGUUCGUGAUGAAUCUAGUCAUGAGAACAAUUUGUUAGAACGCUCUAAGGAAUUGAUCAAUGAGCUAGAGAGAAUCAACGAAGACCUGCCAAAGCUUGACAAAAACGGUCUCACCAACGUGAAAGAACAGGCGGUGCCAGCGUUGAAGAAACAGCUUGAAGACCUUGUACAACAACAUCAAAACGCUAGAAACACCAGACGUGCAGUUGAACGAGCAAACCUUCCAGAUGACUCAUCUCCUGAACAACUGACUGCUCGCGUUGACGACCUGAACGCCCAGGCCGACAAGUUCUUGGAUAAACUGGCUCGGGACGAAGAACAACAGCGUGUCCAGACCGAAUGGCUUCAGAAGAAGAACGAAAUCGACCAAGUUGUGUUAGCUACUAACAAUGAAGUGAACAACUUGCUUGGCCGUUACGCUACAGAAAAUCUGGAGCCCCAAUCUUUGCAAGCCGCCGAGAACGACGCUGAAGGCGUUUCCAACUUCAAGGAUCGUCUUAGCGGACUUCGUGAUCGCCUACAACAAGCCUACGAUUGGUUGACUCGAGCUGAAGAUCUUCCAGCCGAAGUUAGAGAACAAGAGCUUCAGAAGAUCGCCGAUGAACAAAAACGAAUCGACGAUGAAGAAAAGCGUGUUGAUGAUUUGCAACAAAAACUGAAUGCCGAACUUAAACGUCAAAAGGAGCUGGCUGACAAACACAACCAACUUCUGCAACGUUUGAACGAGCUCAGUGACGCUGCACUCAAAAUUCAUCAAGAUUCUAAUGUCGAAGACAAGAAACAACACCUCGAACAAAUUGACCAAAGCAUCGCGCCUUUGGUCGAAGAAAUCGAGGUUGUUCAACAUCAAUUCCAAGAACCUACAGAAUCACAACUCAUCAGACCUUCUGACAGUGUUAACGUUCAACAACUUAAAGACCAUAUUGACGAACUGAAGAAGAACCUAAAAGAACAAAAUCAACAGAUUGAGAAUGAAAAACAGAAACAAUCCGAUAGUCUAAAUAAAGAAGUCAACAACUUAAAGAAAACAAUAGAAAAACUGUUAAGAGAAGUCGCAGCAACAUUGUCUAACGAUGAGCUUAGCCUUGCUCAAAUACAAAAAAGCUAUGAAGCGUUAGCCAACUCUAAAGACUGUAUUAGAACUCUGAAGAAGCUUGACAAUGAUAAAAACAACGACGUCUGUAAACGAAUUAAAAAUCUUACGUUAGCUUUCUCAGAAGAAGUUGACGGUAAGCAAGCAGAAUUAAAGCAUCGUGAAGGCAGUCAACGUGCAGAACUUAUUAGUAAUAUUACUAAUCUUAGCAAUGAAGGCCAAGGUAUGUUGGUAUCUUCUACUGCACACCCUGACAGCUUCAAUGAACAUGCAGACAAAAUACGUUCUCAAAUCAAGCAUGUACAUGGGUUUAUUGCUGCUUAUAAUGAAAAUGAUGAAGGAGUUAUAAAAUUGGUUUCAUUAAUUAAAACGGCUGGAGAAGUACGUGACUUGUUGGAUGCCAGGUGGAUAAUAUGGGUGGAGUUUUUGAAACUUAAAUCCGAAAUUUGCGCCAUGUUUGAUGAUAAACGCAAGCCAUUAGAAGAAAGAAAAGCAAAAGGCCUCAGUGAUAUUACACUAAUCGAUAAUGAAGUUUCUGCCCUCAAAGUAAGUUAUUACAACAUACUUAGUUAUUGUGGUUGUCGACUUAAACCUUUACUUCUCUUUUAAGUUACUAAUUUCUAUUUAUUUUAGAUGGCUAAAGACAAUUUGAACGAAGUUUACUUGAAAAUCGACGAACUCAACAAUAUUGCUUUACAAUUCGAACAUCAAGACCUGCCCCACUCUGAAGUUCGAUUCUUAGAAGCUGAGUAUGAGGAAAUCGACUGUGACUACGACAACCUAAUUCAAGCUAUUCUGCACGAAAAGAACGAAGAAGACCGUUUGUUAGACCAAAUGACCGACAUUAUUGACGACCUCCAUGAGAUCGAAGAAAAAGUCGAGAAUUUGCGUUAUGCUGAACUAGUAGAAUUAACGACAAGUGUUUUACCAGCAUUGCAAGAACAAAUCGACAGCGUUCACUUCAACCAUCAACGUGCACUCAAUAGCAGAUCGUAUGUAAAAUCAGACAUACCGAUCACCGGAGAUGCUACCGAACAAAUCAACGAAAUCAACCAACGUGCCAAAGAACGACUCGAUCAACUAAAACGUGAUGGAAAAGACAAAGACCAGCCAAAGUUAGACGUUGACGCCGCUUCAGAACUACUCGCAAUGGCAUUCCCGGACCGACGACCCAGAGAUGUUUUGCGAGAUUACGGUUUACAACACCUAGAUGUUAGUUCAGACGAAAAUGAGCAUGAUCCAAGUGACCGUGCUGGCCCUUCGAGUCCACACUUGAAAGACAAACUGACAGCAGAAGCGUUGGACGAUGUAGACCUAGCUUUGGCCCCAUCACCAGCUUUGUCACCUGAACCAGAAGUUCAAGCACAAGAAGGAGAACAACGACCCGUUGCUGCACCUGACCGCCAGAGAAAUAGAUGGCGUCGUGUUCUUUUCGCAGCACUACCUUACCAAGUAAGUAUCACUAUUUAAUUCAAUGAAAACAUUUGUUUGAAUUCAGUAUGGUAAAGUUUGCCCCUUUUCGCCAUAUUAUUAAUAUAUAGAAAAAAGUUACAAACUUUAGUAUAACUGUUGUUGUUUGCGACUAUUUUUAAAACGUUAAAAAAGUAGUCCUUUACGGUAGUAAAUGGUUUAAGCAGAGAGCUCGUGCCGAUACCAUGUAUAAAACACGUUAUCAGUACGAGCACUCUGACCAAACCAGAUCAUACCAUGAAGUACAACUUUAUCAACGUUCUGCCGUUUAGUGUGUGCUUUUAUUAACGUUUAAAUUAGAUAUUAUCAAAUCAUUUUAACUUAUUACUAUUAAUUUAAUUUUUUAAACUAAUCUUUCAAAUUUACAGGUAAUGCUCGGACUGCUCCUAGCUGCAGCCUGCAUGAUACCGGACCUAACCAAAGAAGAAUCCUGUGAGAAUCUUCACAAACUUUUCGAAUUGCAUCAGCAAUUCAUUAACGGCCCACCGCCGUUCUAA